AUGGGUCAGGUUGGGGGGGAAGUAGUGGUGCUGAUGGAUGUUAACGUGAGCAUGUUUGGGAUGAGGGCUAGGAUAGCCCUGGCUGAAAAACAAGUAGAGUACGAAUACAGUGAACAAGACCUCGGCAACAAAAGCUCACUUCUUCUUGAAAUGAAUCCCAUUCACAAGAAAAUCCCUAUUCUGAUUCACAACGGCAAGCCCGUCUGUGAGUCCCAAAUAAUCGUUCAGUACAUAGAUGAAGUUUGGCAUGAUAAGAAUCCCUUGUUGCCUUCUGAUCCUUACCAGAAAUCCCAAGCUAGAUUCUGGUUUGACCUCAUUGACAAAAAGGCAUUUAAUCAUGGAAGUAAGCUCUGGGAAACAAAGGGAGAAGAGCUAGAGAAAGCCAAGAAGGAAUUUAUAGAAUUCUAUAAAACCUUAGAAGGAGAACUUGGAGAUAAGCCUUACUUUGGAGGGGAAAAUUUUGGAUUUGUGGAUGUGGGUUUGAUUCCUUACUACAGUUGGUUUUAUGCCUAUGAAACAUUGGGAAACUUCAAAGUUGAAGGAGAGUGUCCGAAGCUUGUGGCAUGGGCCAAAAGAUGCAUGGAAAGAGAGAGUGUUUCCAAGUCACUUGCUGAUCCUCAGGAGGUUUAUGAGUUUGUUCUGCGCAAGUUUGUGGGAUCCAAAUAA